AUGUAAGCCAACAUGCAUUAUAACAACUUAUCAGAAGGAAGCUGAAUGUACAACUCGAAAGUAUCGCGUUCUCUCCUCGUUUAGUUUAUUUUCAACCAUCGAACAAAUAUUGACUUUUGUCAUUAUUUCUUUUUCACGAAAAAAAAAAAAUUAAUUUUUUAAUAUAAUUCUAUGAACAUUUUGUGCUUGUGACAAUAGUGAAUAUCCCUUUGUGGAUUUUUUUACAUUGAUAUAUAUUUAUUUAUAUAUAAAUUUCAAGACAUUUUUUUCAAAAUGGGAUUAACCAGAAUUAGUUGGACCAUUGGUGUUGUUCUUUUAAUUGCACUUGUUCAAUGUGCAAACGCCCUUAAAUGUUGGCAAUGCACGUCAAAUUUAAGUCCAGCUUGUGGUGAUCCCAUGAAUAAUACCGAACACCAUGGUACAUUCCACAUUCAAGAUUGUGAUUCAACAUCGCAGCAUCCCUAUUCCUAUGGAAGACACGUGUGUCGCAAAGUUGUCAGAAGAGUUCACGGACAACGGGAAAUUAUUCGCCAAUGUGCGGAACCAACACCGGAAGAAAGGGACAUCACCGAUGGACCAUGCAGUCAAAUGGCACAACCCAGUUAUGUAACAGUUGAAUCGUGCCACAUUUGCAGUACAGACUUUUGCAAUUCAGCAACUUCAAUUUCGGGCAAAAGUUUUGUUUUCGCCACUAUUGGUGCUCUUUUCACUUGCUAUCUUACAAUGAAAAAAGUUUCACUUUUCUAAAUUUCAAUAUUAAAAAAAAAAGGAAAAAAGCUUCGAAAAAAUCGAAAUAAAAAAACCACUGAGCCAUUUUACUCUUUCUUUUUUUUUAAAUUAUUCGAAAAUUUUUUACUUUCAUUAGUUUUUACAUAUAUGUAAAUAAGAGAAAAAAAAAUUUUUUUCACUCUUGCCCUCAUAUUUUUAAAAAUAAACCACAAAUUUUUUUUUUUGAGAAAAUUUAUAGAAUUAGAAUUAUGUUUAAUUGUAAUUAAGAUUAGGUUUUAUUUAAAAAAAAAAGUUUAUGACAAAAUUUGUAAUAUUUUUUAGGAAUAUUUAUUUAAAAUCUGAAUUGUAAUUAAAAAAAAAAAAGAAAAUUACUUUUUAUAUUAAUCGAAUAAACUAUAAUUUUAUUAUAUAGAAAUAAAUUCAUUUUAGAGAUUCUUUUAAGAAAAAAAUGUUUAGGGAAUUUUUUUUUCAGUGCAAUUACAAAUUUUGUCACAAAUUAAUUUUCAAAGGUACUAUAAUACAUUAUUAUUAUAUUAUUAUAAAUAUUAUUUAAAUCUAAAUGUAGAACAUCGAAUCAAGAAAGGAUAACACUACUGACCGAAGUAGUAUUUUUUUAAUACUAACGUUAAGAUUUCGAAAAUUAUUUUUUUUUCCUUAAUUUUAUAAAAAAUUGUCAAUUUUCUAAAAUUUGUAUUUUUUUUUUGAAAGACAUUUUCAAUUCUUACUAAUCAUCUUCUACCUCUUAAUUACUUUUGUAGAUAAAUUUCUUCAAGAAUAUAUAUAUAUUAAUUAUUGUAAUUUUUUUUCGCUCAAACUAAAUUCCUCUCCUAUUUUCUUAUCUGCGAUUUUAGUGGAAAAAAGGGGGAAAAUUGAAUCUUAUCAAGAAUCCGUCCAAUUUAUGUGAAAUUUUGUUUUCUUUUUUAGAAUCAAGAAUAGACUUAAGAUGUGAAUUUCGAAAAAAAAAUUCGAAGAUCAUUUGUUAUUAAUUAUCAUUAAAAAUUGCGCAAAAACUAAUUUCUGCGAUCGUUACCCUAAAAUCCAAGAUUUAUAAAUAAAUUGUUUAAAAAAAUAUUUAAACGUAUUUAUUAUGUAUAGAAUUUUGGAUACGUUAAGUAAUGAAAUCUCAAUAAACUAUUAAAAGUUUAUUCAUUUACGUAUUUUGGUUAAUUUAUUAUUUUAAUUAUAAUUUAAAUUUAAAACUAAUUUAUAAAGAUUAAUUUGACUGAUUUAUUGUUAUUUUUUAAUUGCCAAAAAGGUUUAAAAUACCAAUAAUACACAAAAAUUGAUCACAAAGUUUCAAAUUUUUAUAUUUUACACAAGUAUUUUUUUUAAUAUUAUUUACAAUAAAAAUAUUCUACUAUUUAAAUAAAAAAAAAAAUUUUUUUUUGCAAAGAAUGAUUGUAUUGAAAUCUUAGAAUUCUGCUUGUGCUCUUUAUAUUGAUCGUUUAAUUUUUGUUCAUUCGGAUAAAUUAUAUCACAUAUUAUAAAAUAAGUGUUGUCACGUUAAAUAUUAUUUAAACUAAGAAAUAAUUUACUUAUUUCAAAAAAAAAAAAAAAAUUUACAGAAUAUUCAAACCUUGGUGCAUGUAUCAAAUUUUUUUUUUUGCACUUCGUGUGAAAAUCGUAAAAAUGAGCUUUUAAAUCCUAAAAUUCAAUAACAUCAUCAUCACCUCUGUUUAAUGGAUCUCCUUUUAACAAUGUAACGAUUAAAC